ACAAGCGCAAAGUCAUAAACUCAAAUGCUACGCUGCUGAACGACAAAAAGGUCUAGACAUUUGGCCGAAAAACGCAACGGCCGUCAGUAGGUUUUGUAGUUGGCAAACGGUAGCGAAAACGAGCGAUCUCAAUGCAUGCUUCGCGUAAAGUGUCAAGUUAUACCGAACUGAACGGACGUGCUUUUGCGGCGACGCGUGAAACGAAAUAGGAAUCUAUAAGUGUGUCAAAAGAAUCGCUGAAACAAAUAAUUCACGAUUUUUCUAUAAAAUACUCAGAAACGCUCAAAAAAGAAUUUAUAUGUCAUACGAAUUUUCAGGAAAUAAAGAAGAAAUACACUUCACCUGCGCCGCGCUGUUGGUUCGGGUUUUAAUUUGCGGUUCCUAUUGAACUUCGUUAAGGUGUAGUAAAAAUUUGUAGCGCUUUUGCAUUCGCACAUACACAAUUCGUUCGGCUGGGCACUUAUCAUUCGUAUAGCCUGGAUAGUGCUCGAUUUGAAGCGGCACGUGCGUGGAUUAUAUAAAGAGCGUGCACAAGUGUGAAUAAUCUGUAAAGUGCCGACCACGAACGGAAUACGAAUAAUAUCUGUUUCAUCGCGCUCCACGUCAACACACACACAAAUGCCUAAACCACUCGUAGAUAACUCCGCAUCUAUGUCACAAUGAAGAGUAUUAUUUCUCGUUUCUAUAGUAAUUAUGGCUUUAGUCUUAUUUAUGUGAUACUAGUUUAUACAACAUCAGCGCACAGUGUACCGUCUUGCGGUUUAUAUGGAGCGCCGCCGUGCCAGUUUGUACCAGCGCCGCCGGGACAAACACCUUCAUGUGCUCGACCCGGUCGAACCUACUGCGAGCAUGUGGACAAUUAUCCAACCUAUCUCAUUAAGCAUCUCGUCCAUAAAUGGGGUUAUGAAGCUAAGAAUCUCCUUGUGGAUGAAUCGUGGGAUGAAUUCGCCGCAUUGACGUGGCACGAAUCGCCAGUUUUCUAUGAUCCAGCCUUUAUUUUUAAUCGCCCCUAUAAUAGCGGUAGUGAUGACUUCAAUGGCUACAAAUAUGCCUCACCCAGUGGAAAUAGAAAUGGCGGUGUCGGAGCCGGUGCUACCAGCAAUAGUGAUAACACAUUUAUCAUUACAAAAGCACAGACGACAGAGACUCCCACCUUCCUCUUCUACACCUCCGCUGGUCAGCGGCCGAAUAAAAAUGAGGUGAACAGCUAUAGCGGUACAGGGGCCGGUAGUGGGCAUAAAGCUUCGUCGAAUAGCCCCGCCUUUUGGCUUAAACGCAUAACACGCAAUGUUGACGGUGUGGUGGGCGUAGAAGUAGGUGGCAACUUAACCGCCGCCUUGACUUCAUACGACCCCGAUUCCGACCCAGUGACGGUUAGUCGUGCGAAACGCAGCAUUACUUCAUCCUAUCAACGCACAUCAUCUUCAUCGAAACUGUCACGUGACGUAUCACUUAAUAUGGAUCUCUUGGAUAUCGUCGGCGCCGAUAAGGGCGCCAAAACGCGUACCAAACGACAAAGUCCCGGCCGGGAAACACUCUGCAAGACCACCUCACAAUUUAUUACACCACAAGCGGCGCUUAACAACAAAGGCAAUUGGAUGUUCGUGGUGAAUGAACCGAGCACAGCGCGCCAAAUGGUUAAAGCGGAAUUGUGCGCCUCGAACACCUGCUCGAAUCUCUGCCAACUGCCCAACGGUUACAACUCCAGAUGCGAACAGAAAUUCGUGCAGAAACGCCUGAUUGCCCUGCAGGCCAACGGUCAAAAUCUCUACACGGACUCAUUUUGGUUUCCGAGCUGUUGCGUUUGUACGAUAGCGGCGAAUUGAGUGCGCCACGGUUGUCUUCAGCUGGCCGGAAGAAUGCUGUCGAAGUGAAUGCACUUAGGCUGAAGAUUCUUACAAAUCAUUGUUUAAUUAAUUUAUGGAGACUUUAAUUUAUACAUAUAUGUAACGAAUUUGUUAAUAAUGCAAGCAUACAACAAAAACAAGAGCAAGAAACACUCAUGUGAAAACUCCAAAUCAUGAAACAUUAGAAACGAAAAGAAAAAACCCUUUCAACGAUCUGUAGCAUUAAAUAAUUUGUAGCGAAAAAAAGAAGAUAUUUGUAAUAAUUACAUUAAUUUAAAAGCGAUGAUGAAUGUGAAAAAAAAACAAUUUGUAUUAUUGUCAAUAAUUGAAAAAAAUAGAUGUUCAAAAAAGAAUGAAUUGGCGUGAAUUAAUUUCACUAGGAAAAAGGAAAUAAAAUUAGAAAAUUUUAAAA